CCUUCUCGUUUGACCGAAAUGGCGGAUAAGUCAAGAAGUGGUCCUCCUGAGUAUGUGGUAGUACGAGAGAUCUACGAACAUGAGGACGCACAGGAGGAAUUUGAGCUGGAGCUGGAGAAAGCCCUGGAUGCUAAUGCCAAGAUUAUCAUCAUAGAGCCUUCCAAACUCGGGGAUGAAACAGCUCAUUGGAUCAGUGUAGGCAACUGUCUGCACAAAACAUCAGUCCUGACUGGACUUGGUGCUCUAAUAUCAGGAGGCUGCUGGCCCAAGAGAGGCCUGCUGUUUCUGCCGCUCGGUUCCAUGAGUGUAUUGUGUGCAGGAGUAUAUGCCAUCUCCUGGCAGUUUGAUCCAUGUUGUAAAUAUCAAGUCGAACACAAUAAGAACCGGAUUAAGAAAAUCCCAGUGCACACAUUGACUACUACCACACCUGUGGUGUUAGUUAGGCGAGACGACAAACGGCGCAAACUUCUUCACAAUACUGUGUCCCUUUGUGCAGGUGCUUUCUGUGCAUGGAAGAUAUAUCAGUGGUAUAUAGAAUAGUGGUUAUGUAUGCAAUGCCUAUGAUGUCAGACUACGUGGCAGUUAUCAAUGAGAAAUAUCCUGCAACUUGUGCCUGGAUGACUGAAUAAGACAGUGUAUGGACAAAUUUCAAGGGUGAUGAUGUGUGCAGUGUUUCGUCUGUGAUGACGCCUAUUUGUACAAAGUUGUCUCUUCAAGAUCCACAUAGAUGCCGAAUCAGAAAGUUGCACCCUUUUACCCUCGAGUGAAAUGUUGAGAGCCAUGUGGUUCAUGAACUUAAUUCCACAUAAUCAAAACGUUAUUUUUGGGGACCUUUGACAUAGUGUAAUACUUAUAUGGAUUUGGAAAAAGCUAUUAUAUUUGAGUAUUUUCAGAUAAUGAAGACUACUUGUUGCCAUAAUUCAGGGAAUGAAUUAUUCACAUGUUUAUUGACCAGUUAUUAAAAUGUGUUUAAUUGUA